GAUGCCUCGUGAUAUAUAGAGCAACUGCAGCAUUAGCAGAGGAGCAUCAAUGUUGGGAUCCUUAACCACACAAUCAGGAGAAGGGAAAAAAAUAUGGGAGACUUGGAGUUUGGCUUCGAGGAAAUGCAGGGUGUAAAGCUCGGCUAUCUGGUCAUUAAAGGCAAGCAGAUGUUUGCCCUGUCCCAGGUCUUCACCGACCUCUUGAAAAACAUCCCACGGACUACCGUGCACAAACGGAUGGAUCACCUGAACGUGAAAAAGCAUCACUGUGAUCUGGAGGAGCUGCGAAAGCUCAAAGCAAUAAACUCGGUGGCUUUCCACGCAGCCAAAUGCACUCUGAUCUCCAGAGAGGACGUGGAGGCGCUUUAUUUCUCCUGCAAAACCGAGCGCGUGCUCAAAUCCAACAAAAGGAGGACGAGGACAAAAGCAGAGGAACGCAUCCGAGAUGAGGAACGUUCCCAGAACAGCAGGAACGGCUUCUGGGAAAAGAAACUUUGGUUGAGUUUUCGUGGAGUCUCGCCGACUCUGGCUCUUCGAAACAAAGCUGUCAGACCGGAGAUCUCAUCCAAUCUACCUCAAAUUUACAGCAAAUCCAUCUACCAGAACUUUCAACCGGUAGCACCGACUGCAUGCAGAACGUUCAGAAACUAUGAAACCGUGCAAAUACCUGGGAAAUGUGUGGAGCUGAAUGAGAAACGCUCGUUUUUUCGAAGCACCGGGGUCAUCAAGAGAAAGCCGGCUGUGUCCGCCAUUUCGGCUCCGUCCGACUCGGAGCUGCUUUACAAAAGGAAAAGGAGGUCCGAGAGACACUUUGGGAAUAGAACGCGACACUACCGGCAGGUUCUGCUCGUUCCGAAGUGCUGCAAACCAAAAGCCUGUCUUGCGAACGGAUCUUUGAGCCAUUUUCACGCUGAUCGUGAGCUUUACUUGGAGUCCAGGCAUUUCCAGGAGAGCUGCAGCAGCGACACCGAGUGCAGCUCCGCCAACGACUCGGACUUUGGUUCAAGUUUGUCCACCAGCAGUAGCACCAGCAGCUCCACCAACUCUGGAACCACAGACGACGACGACGACGAAGAGGAAGACUCUUUAUCCGGCUCUUCCGAAGAAAGCAGUGAUGCAGAGACCUCAUCCCAGUCCGAUUCCAGCUCCGUAUCCAGUAGGGUGUCGGUGCAAAGCAUCAGAUUCAGGCGCGCGCGCUUCACAAGCCUGAAUGCAAAAGCGCCUCUGGUCCUGCAGCCGACUUUCCACUACAGGUCCAAUUUCCAACCCAAAAACGGAGCCGUGCAUGGAAGUGCUGCAGCUCUGGACUGUGACAAAGGGAGGAAAAAACCGACUUUGGACAUUACCGACUGGAAGCACAAACGCAGGGAAUGUGAUGGCUGGGACUGUGGGAAAAAUGUGUGUUGUUUCUCAGGCCUGAAAAGAGUCGUGGCUCCACCAAUGGUAGACUUUUCAAACGAGCCAAAGACAACCGAGCUGAUAAGUGGUCGAAAUAACAAUAAUAACAAUAAUAACAAUAAUAAUGAUAAAUAUAUAAGUUUUGCAUCCUGUCCAGAUCGAAAGGUGUUUCUCCAACAAAGAGCAUCAGGAUACCAAGCCACAUUACCACACUGCAAUCAGGACAAAGACACUGGCAUUUCCACAGCUCACGAGAGCGAAUUUUCAGAAGGUGCAAAUUCCAAAAAAGAUGCAAAAACAGUCAGCUGCCUCAAGCAACCAUCACCUCUCAAAACAGUCAAGACUGAGACUGAGGAAUUCACCGCAAUCACAAACUCAGACACUACAGCAGAGGAGACGAAACUACACCACGUGAAAAUCAAAGUGGAGGACACUUUCGAUGAGUAUGAAUAUGCAGGCCAAGAACAUGCUCAUCAAUGCAAAGAUAAACACGAUGAGGACGAUGCAGACGGUUUGUAUAGUAUCAGUGCCGAUACUGCAGAAACAGAUCGUGGUAAAGAUGGCAGACAAACAUUUCCCCCUCCUUCUAAACAGGAACCAAGCAGCACUUUAAACACUCAAGGGGAUUACAAAAACGGUGCAAGGGUCAGGAAAAGCUACCGGACUCCAGUUUGUGGGAAAAGGGCAGAAAAUGGAGUUAAGACAAAUGCAAAGGUGGACAGGAGCCCAAGACCUGCUGGCAAAUGUCUGAGCAAACGAACUGGCCAACAUGUAGCCUCCUCUUUGAAAACAACUUUUAACUUCAUGGCGAAUUUUCCAUGCCCCCCGUCUCUGAUGAUUGGUAGUGAUGGAGAUUUGAGUCCUGCUUACUCUUUAACCUCUUUCAGGACUAACCAGGUGCCUCAUCCUUCUCAUCCGGUGUGGACAUGGCAGCUCGGCACUUCUGUUAUACCUCCUCACUUUAACCAGAGAUUCAGGAAAACAACAACAUAAGCCAAUAUUUGAGAGGACAAGUCUUAAGGCACUGAUAAUUAUUUGCCUAUAAAUGGCUUUUAUUUUUGUUGUUGUUGUUGUUUCGGUGAGCAUGCAGCAGGCCUGUUCCUUCAUCACGUGCUACAGGAACCCAGCAUUUUUUUUCACCCUGCUUUACAGAACACUGUGGAUAUUUUUAAUAUUUUCAUUACCAAUGGAAAAGAAACGUCUUGUGGAUUUUUACUACGACCUGUUGGAAUUUCAGACUACACAGCUAUGAAUGCCAUUUGGAAUAGACAUUUACAUUUUGCCAAGAAAACUUGGCUUUGACUAUUAAAAUCAUCUCUCACUUUUUUUUUUUUUGCUAUAGUUGCAGAUUCCAAAUAUUUCCCCAAACGUUCCCAUGAACAGGAUUCUUAAACUCAUUGUAGGGAUCUUCAUUGGACCAGGUUUACUUAUUUAUUCAAGGGCUGAAGCCUAGUUGGUCCAGACCCCCGUCCCAUCCUGCCCCACACACACACCACUACUACCACCACCACUACCACCACCACCAACAACAACAACAACAAUAGAAAGGCCCUGGACGAUUGACAAUCAGGAGCUGUUUGGAUUUGCACGAAGAUUAGAAGAGGAAAAAAACACACACACCUCCAAAUCGAUAUGGUUAAGGCAUUGACAGGCCUAGUUGGAGCUGAAGCACACAUUUCACUAUGCAUUGUUACAAUGCUGUA